UUCACAUCCUUCUAAUAUCUAUUCUUUCUGGUACUGGAACGGCGACGUUGAAACCAUCUAGCAGAGUUCUGUGAUUCCAAAUUCUAAGUCUGAACAGAAUGCAAAUUUUUAAAGUGGUUAUGUUUUUGUGUUUUGUUUUAUGUGUCAAAGGGCAAGAGGAUCAAGCCGAAAAUCAUACUACUCCCGAACAUACUACUACAAUAUGCUGUUCUACAACAGUUCUUGAUCUAAAAAAUAACAGCGCAAAUGCUACGGAACCUGAUACCGAAGGAGACAUCAUACUCACCGCAACACCAGAAACAACAGUCAAGAAUGCUACUUUCCCAGAGGAACAGCCCACAACAACUGAAAUCAUAGUUACAACAAAAACUGUUUCUUCAACAGAAAAAGAAACAGUUCCACCAACGUCGAAUUGGACAGCGUGUUCAUCAAAUCCUUGCAAAAAUGGCGCCACUUGUCUGGACAAUUCCGCAAUUCCUGGAGCCUUCUCCUGCUCGUGCAAACAUGGGUACGUGGGAGUAACAUGUGCAAUAAAAGAUGAAUGCUUUGUUCAUGAAAAUGGAGGCCUCUGCCAUAGGGGAAAAUGUACGUACUCAGACGAUCGAAGAUUACGAAGUUGUAGGUGCUUUUCAAAAAUGUACUGGGACGAUGAAGGAAAAGAAUGUAAAGAAGCACAGCCUCCAUGUUUUCCCAAUCCUUGUUUGAAUGGCGGAAUUUGUAUAGUGCAAAAUAGUACUUUCGAAUGCCAAUGUGAAACUGGCUACGAGGGCGAGUACUGUGCUAUCCGAAACACGUGUGGAGAAGAAGAUCAUUGUGAAAAUGGCAAAUGCGUCACUGACACUAAUCAGGCUAUUAAAUAUUGCAAAUGUGAUGACAACUUCUACUGGAAUGAAGAUACAGAAGAAUGUGAAACUGUUGUUAGGCCUUGCAAACCGAACCCAUGCAAACACUCUGGCAUUUGCUUACCAAUAUCUGCUGAUGACUUCAAUUGCACCUGCAACGGCACUUAUUCAGGUUCCACGUGUGAAGAAGUGAAUUUCUGCUUGGAUGAUAAGGAGAAAGAUGGGUGCAAUAAUGGUAUUUGUAUCAAAAUCGGUGAUACUAAAUUAUGUCAGUGUGACACUGAUUAUUACCUAGAUGAAACAACUCACACAUGUAAAGAAAAUCACAAACCUUGUCAGCCAAAUCCUUGUGCCAACGAUGGGCUCUGUACUGCUUUGCCAGACAGCACUUACAACUGCACUUGCUCUAAAGGCUUCUCUGGAAAAGACUGUAAAGAUCUCGAUUUGUGCAUCCUGGAUGGUGGUAACGCGUUUUGUGGAGAGGCAACUUGUGUGAAUGACUUGGAUGAACGCUCUUACCAUUGCAAUUGCUCUUCUGGACAGUAUUUUGAUUAUGCGGAACGGAAGUGUAGAGGUAUAGAUUUGUGCCCCUUGAUGAACUGCGGCUCGACAGAAAUUUGUGAAAAUUCACAAUGCGGUUGCAGAAAGCAUUUUCAAUGGAACAACGAGACUCACGCUUGCGAACGUAAGAUUUCUAUAUCUGCUAUCUUUAAUUUCUAG